ACACGGAACCUCCCGCACGGUCCCGCCCCCUCUGAGCCCACGAUGGCGCUGGCGGAGCUGGAGCGGGACCCUGCGGGCGGGGGGCGCUUCUCCUCCCCCGUCCCCCCCUCGUGCCGCAGCCGCCCCUGUGUCCUGGGGGUGGACGAGGCGGGGAGGGGUCCCGUGCUGGGCCCGAUGGUGUACGCGAUCUGCUAUUGCCCCAAGGAGCAGCUGCAGGAGCUGGAGGCGAUGGGGGUGGCAGACUCGAAGACGCUGUCGGAGUCAGAGCGUGAGCGGCGCUUUGGGCUGCUGGAGGCAGCGGGGGAGCUGCUGGGGUGGGCGCUGCAGGUGUUGCCCCCCCAGCACAUCUCAGCCUGCAUGCAGCAGCGGGCAAAGUACAACCUGAAUGAGCUGUCCCACGACACCGCCACGGAGCUCAUCCAGCACGCGCUGGAUAAUGGGGUACAGGUGGCCGAGGUGUUUGUGGACACAGUGGGGCCAGCAGAGAAGUACGAGGCGAAGCUGCGGGGUCGAUUCCCAGGGCUGGAGGUCACUGUGCGCCCCAAAGCUGAUGCUCUGUUCUCCAUCGUCAGCGCUGCCAGCAUCUGUGCCAAGGUGGCCCGUGACCGUGCAGUGAAGUGUUGGAACUUCACAGAGGAUCUGGGGGAUGAUAUUGAUCGUGACUAUGGCUCAGGGUACCCCAAUGACCCCAAAACAAAGGAGUGGCUGCGGAGGAACCUGCAGCCCGUGUUUGGGUUCCCAGGGCUGGUGAGGUUCAGCUGGGGCACAGCACAGGAACUGCUGCGGCACGGGGGGGUCCCCGUCACCUGGGCCGAUGAGGACCCAUCCCAGGACCCCUCUGCUCCCACUUCGGUGCUCUCCUACUUCAGCCGGAGCUCCCCCCGCCGCUCCCCCCACCGCUUCUUCCAGGAGCGCAGCCUGAAGCCCGUGGCUGAGCUGUGAAACCCCCCCAAAAAAACCCCAAAUCCUCACCUACCUCCAACAGAGCUCUGCUUUUCUUCUACUACAAA